UGUAAAACCGAAGCAAUCAACAGCGUGAGUCCUGCCACAGCUCAGGUGCAUAUCAGAGGGUACAGAGAGGAGAGAACAGUCACAUCAUCUUGAAGAAAUAACAAAGGGCUUCAUCAGGACUACAAGUUUGGACUGAAAGUCCAUUUUCAGACACAAAUAUCCCCAAAAAGGAGAAGCAAAACCCGAAGUGAAGAUGAGAGUGUUAGUCAUCCUCGCCAUCCUUGCAGCAUUCAGUGUUAAUGCGGUUUUUUCAAAAAGAAGGACUAAAAUUAGUUUACCUCAACCGCAGGGCUCUGAAGAGGAGUUGUGUCUGACUAAGGAAGGGAGCAGUUACAGGGGAUCUGUUUCCAUGUCAGUAAACAACCGCAGAUGUCUCAACUGGAACUGGUUUAAAAACCCUUGGGGGGCUUCAAAGGGAAUCGACAAGCAUAAUUACUGCAGGAAUCCUGACCAGAGCUUGAUGCCGUGGUGUCGUGUCCGAAUAGGAAGGAGAAUUGUAAAGGAAUUCUGCGUUAUUCCCAGAUGUUCUUCACCAACAGGGAUUCCGCUGGAUACAGAGCGAACAUGUGGUGAGAGGUCUGAGCGGAGGAUGCACAAGAUUGUGGGUGGUACUUUUACCACCAUAGAGUCGCACCCAUGGGUCGCUGCUAUUUUUCGUAAAAGUGACCGUUUCCUCUGUGGUGGCUCUCUCAUCGCACCUUGUUGGGUUGUCACAGCUGCACACUGUUUCUCAGAUAUCGAUGAGACUAGCAUGCAGCAUAUGUCUGUAUACCUGGGGAAGUCUGCCAUCAACGAGACAGAUGAUGGGCAACAGAGAUUCACUGUAGAAAAACUGAUCAUCCACCAAAACUACAAUGAGACCAACUUCAACAAUGACAUAGCACUGUUGAAGAUCAAAAGCAAAAAUGGAGGAUGUGCUGUGAGGUCAGCGUCUGCACGGACAGUGUGUCUUCCUCCACGUCACACCCAGCUUCCUGCAGGAUUUCAGUGCAGCAUUGCAGGAUUUGGAAGGGAGCGCUACCUGGCGUGGCACAACUCACAGUACCUGAAACAGGCCAAGGUGAAUCUGAUCUCCCAGACUGACUGUCAAAAGGAAUCAUACUAUGGAGCUCUCAUCACUCCGAACAUGUUCUGCGCUGGGAGCCCUGACUGGAGCACUGAUGCCUGCAAGAAUGACUCUGGUGGUCCGCUGGUGUGUGAAGUGUCAGGUCGGAUGUUUCUGUUCGGGGUGGUGAGCUGGGGUGACGGCUGUGCCAAGAAGAACAAACCAGGCGUUUACACGCAGGUCACCAAAUACAACGACUGGAUCGCAGAAAAAACAGGGCUCUCCAAAUACACAAAAGGAUCAAUGUAUCCCCAAAAAUGACGCUGUGACAGAAAGUUACCUUUUUGGGCAUUUUAUUUCUUAAAGAAAAAUUUGGCCUCAAUUGUGUAGGCUCUGGGUGCAUGCAAGCAUGUAGAGGAGUAGCUGAAAUAGUUUUGCACAGUUAAGAUUUACUGUAAAAGUGCAAACUGAAUGUUUAUUUAAAAGUAUUUUAUUGCAUGUAAUUCUUUUCUUUGCACUUUGGCGCAAAAACUUUUCAUACCAGAUUAUGUUUUUUUAAACAAGCUAUUAGAAAGUUUAUUUAUUUUAUUUAAUAAGCAUUUCCUCUUAGAGGGCUGGCCCUGCCGUAGAGCUAUUUUUUAAAUAAUAAAUAAAAUUUUGUAUUACA